AUGAGCUAUGGAAAAGCUGCAAAAACUUACAUGGUACCCAAAACAACCAUAGUUGACCACGUAACGGGAAAAAGUCAAAUAGGUAAAAAAGCUGGUAGAAAAUCCACAAUACCUAUCCAAGUUGAAAACUCAAUUGUUGAAAAAAUUUUGGCUGCAGCAGAACGGGGCUUUGGGGUAACAAAAAAGCAACUUAUUAUUAAAGUUGCGCGUUUGGCGAAAUUAAAAGGCAUAACCUUUAAGAAUGGGGUCCCUGGAGAUGACUGGUGGAGAGCAUUUAAGUAUAGACACCCAGAGAUUGUGAUUCGAAGACCAGAACAACUAAGUACAACCCGUUCAAGGAUGCUGAACAAAGCAGUUGUGCAGAAGUAUUUUAAAGAUCUGCACAUCAUAAUCAAACAAAAUAAAUUAGCUCCUUCAGAUAUUUGGAAUGCGGAUGAGACUUGCAAACAAUUCAGUCAUAACCCUGCUGCUGUACUUGCUAGACGUGGUGUCAAGUCUUUGCCGGGAAGAACGUCCACAUCGCGACAAAGCAUCACAAUACUUGCUUGUGUCAAUGCCUCUGGUGACAAAAUGCCACCGAUGUGCAUUGUCAAAGGGAAAACCCCGCGAUGUGUAGAAUCAUUUGCGACCAUUGAUGCUCCUCCGGAAACGAUAUGGACUUACCAAGAAAAGGCUUGGAUGUGUGAUUUGCUUGGGGAACUUUGGUUCAAAUCCGUUUUCCUUCAGAACUGUGGGCCCCGCAGACCACAACUUCUUGUUUUAGAUUCUCAUAGUUCUCAUGAGGUAUUGGGUCUUUUGGAGGCAGCCAUUUCCGAGAACAUAUUAAUUAUGGCGUUGCCUCCACAUACCUCCCAUCAUCUGCAGCCCCUUGACAAGGCAGUCUUUGGUCCCUUCAGCAAGGCGUAUGGUCGAGCUUGUUCUGAAUUUAUGACAAAUCACCCUAACCACGAGAUCAAUAAGUCUACUUGGCCAAGAAUUUUCAAAUCAGCUUGGGAGGCAUCAGUAACCCCAGACAACAUCAAAAGUGGGUUCCGUGCAACUGGUAUCUGGCCAAUGAACGUCAGCGCAUUGCCAGAUUACGUUUAUUUACCAUCAGAGGCAUUUGACCUACCCAUUGAAAACCGGCAGCAAACAAGUGUGCCCUCUUCCUCACAACCAAAUUUGUCUUUGACCCUUCUCGCCGAAACAGCCGUGUCAUUAACUACUACAGAUCUUGUAGAGGACCACGACAGCUCAACCAAACAUGGAGACGAGCUAGGUACACCAGACGAUCUAAUACCCGAUGAUAUGGCCUCUCUGGAUGCCCAGAUACCACCAGCAGAUGUUGGCGCUCUUUUAGAUGCUCUUGGAAAUGGUGCCCUGGAACUUUCAGGCACAAGUGAUGCCAACAACAAUGCAAGCACUUGGAACUGGACGGCGGAAAUCGACGAUAUAUUUUCAAUCCCAAAGUCAACGCCAAAGAUGCAUAAAUCAAGAUCCUCCAACAGCAUAACCAGCCAUCGUCUGUUGACUAGUGAGGAGAUUCCAAAUGUGACAUACAACUUAUUUUGA